AAAACGGGUGCUGCAGUCCAGUGGUGGGAUUCAGUUGGUCCAGCGUUGGGAUUCAGUGCGGGCGGUGUUAUGGUCGCAAUGGUGCUAUGAGUGUCACUUUGAAACGGGUAACAGUCGCCGUUUUUCUCGUCUAUUUAGCUUUAACGUGCUACACGGCUUACGUGCUUUUGUCCAAAAGUUAUACCAAGUCUAAAGAACAGCGCCAACACAAACUAUCCCGUUUUUCCGGCGAAGACUCGUCAGACUGGAACCCAUGGGGCGAAGAACUGAUGCGAAGCAAUGCCUCCCGUCAAGCUCGCACGGUGGAGAUCUGGAGCAAGGCUGCCAUAGGCCUCUACCUGUGGGAGCACAUCCUGAACGGACGCCUGGAGCCAAAAGGGGGAGGGGCCUGGAGCUACGGCUUCCGCAAGAUAGCUGACAUCAAGUUCAAGUUCCGGACGGGCCCCGGCAUAGUGCCCUCCACAGUGCCCCAGGAUGCCACCCACGUGGUGCUGGUCCUCAACGGACGUGCGCCGGAGAAGGUGGCGGCCGCCCGCACCUGGCUCGACGCGCUGCCGGGGUUCCGCAAGCUGCGGGGCGUGGCCGUGGUGCUUCUCGGGAGUGAGGCGUGCUCGGGGAACUCCUGGCUCCUGCCCUACCUCAGGUCCCGCGGCGGACCCGUUGCCGCCGCGUUCAUCGUGUACGACACUGCGCUCGUUGACGACGCGGAGGUGUUUCAGUGGCCCCUGGGAGUCGCCACGUACCGUGGCUUCCCCAAGGCGGCUCCCAAGGACCUGGACCUGGACUCUCCGCGCCCUUACCCUUGCAACUUCGUGGGUACCGUGUACCCGAAAUCGUCGCGAGAAGAGCUGCUGCGUCUGCUUGGGGACCGCGGUGCUCCCUGCUACAUGCGCGCUCGCAGCGAGUGGCGCCCCCUGGAGACAAAGGACUCCCUCGAGUCGUACCUGCUGGCCCUGAAGCUGAGCGACGUGACCCUCAACCCGGCAGGCAUGAACCCAGAGUGCUACCGCAUCUAUGAGGCGCUCGAGUUCGGCUCGGUGCCCGUACUGGAGGACCGCACGGUGUCGCCGGGCUGCGCCCGUGCGGCCGACGGGGGCAGCUUCCGCCUGCUCAAGGCCCAGGGGGCACCGGUGCUCUACGUGCGCAACUGGACGAGCGAGCUCAUGCCCCUGCUCGAGCGGGAGGUGGCCAUGGCGCCCGCGGAGAGGGCCGACCGCAGGCGGCGCCUCGUCGCCUGGUACGGGUCUUUCAAGCGCGCCAUGCGGGACCGGCUGCUGCGCGUGCUCGCCGAAAAGUUCUUUGGCGACGACACCACCUAGGAGCCCCUAAGCGGCGUCGGUCGUAUGCGUCUGUGCCAGACAACGACAUGGGACCACGAGCAGCCAGCAUGUCUAGGCACGUGUACAUACAGUAGAAUCGCCAUAAUUUGAACUCGAGUGGGACCAAAACUUUGGUUGCACAAUGCAAAGUUUGAAUUAUCGGUAUAGUUUCCUUUCUAGAAACACAUAGGACGGGACCUGCACAUAAGUUUGAAUUAUCUGCGAGUUUGAAUUAACGAGAUUUCACUGUACAAGCAAAUGCGGGCGUUCGGAUGGUAUCGAGGUUAGCAAUGCUUUGUUAGACGGGUGCUACUUUUUGGUCAGUUUGUUUUUGAUAAGUUUUCCACGCAACUGCCCGCGACAGUUUUUUUUUUUUUUUUUUUAUUGCAAACCUUGCUUGGCGGUGUUUUGUCUUUGUGGCUCGGCUAUGUGAAUGAAAUGCUUGAACGGAUGCGAGCCGUUUUUAAAUACUACAUAAAAUGUCAGCCUUCCAGGCAUAUGACGCGAAACUUCAACAGCUUCCUUCAAGCUGUUGAAGUUUCGCCAAAAUGUUUCGGAGUCCUCUCUUCUGAAGCAAGAGAGGACUCUGCAACAUUUUAUUUUUGUUGUUGUUUUUUCCUUCCACAGUUUCACUGCUUGGCUGGCAGCGCUCACAGCACAGGUGUUUGGCAGCCAGGGCCAGUUCUUUUUGACUUUGGCACGGUUCACUCACUUCUUCAAGGUUGAAUCAUUAGUUUCAAUAGGAAUCAACUCCGCAUUAAUUGGGAGCUUUUGUAGAUCGUUAUGAUAACGAUAGCUGGUAGUGGUCCGACGCCUUGCGCAUACCUCGCAUUGUUAUCGGGUAACGUUGUCGGAGGUGUUGCAAUGAUUUGCUAAAAUUUCUUAUUAAUAGAGAGUUGCAUUCUUACUGAAGCUAACUCUGAUUUAGCCUAAAAAAAGUGAGUAGAGCAUGCCAAAGUUUGCCUUCCAGGUGCCGCAUCCAAAAACUUCCAUCCGACGCUGUUGGAGUGACAGACUGGACCGCACAGCCAAGGCCAACUACUUCCUUUUGCUUUCACCGUCUCUUCGUGCCGUUGAUGGCAGUACGAUUGUGCGAGCUUCUAAACGGCGAUGCCUCCGUCGUCGCAAGUAUAAAGCCUCGAGAAGACACCUCAUAGAAACAACUGUAAAGAGGACAUGAUUAUAGCGUCAACCACAGGCUGCGGUGUUGUCCCCGCCCAUUGAGUCUGCCACUCGUCCCACCUCUCUCGUGCGUACCUGCGACAGACGACGAUCUGGUGCCCAGAAGGACCCAAGUCUCUUGGCAGAGCGUUGACCACUUUUGUGUCUUGUUUCCACAUUGCCAUGUAGAGCUUCUAGAAAAAAGAAUUUUAUUGUGCCUCGUUCUCGGCUCCAGUGGAAACAGUUUUAGCGUUCGCUCGCUCGCGCAUCAAAUGUGCCAACUUUGCAGACAUUCUCUUAGAAAAGGUUGUGUACUACUGACAGCGAGUUUUGUGGCCCGCAAAAGUUGUACUAUUGUGGAAGCAAUGACUGGCGAAGCACAAGCGGCAAGACCUGCCGCCAAGCUGUGGCCGACGGCAACCUUCGAAAGAGGUCGGUGACCUUUGUCAGUGGGGGAAGCAAGCGGCUAAGUGCCAUACAGUUAGAAAUACUCUGCGCUUCAAAAAAAGCUGUUGUACAUAUCGCCAAAAUAAAGAAAACUAUGAGAUA